CAGCACCUCCUACCUAUGAGCCCUGAGAAGCAUCCCUGGCCACCAGUCACUGGCCCAGGGAGGGACCAUUCACUAAAAUUUGGGGCUCUCUCUCAAGAAGCUGUUGCUGUGGUUGUGUUGUUUUUUACUCACGAUGGUCUUCUGUCAGCACAGGCGAUUCUGUGUCGUUACAAUGAAGAGAGUCAGAAACACACAGCCUUAAGCCUCAGUAAGGAGCACAACCCCACCCAGUAUGAGGAGCGGAUGCGGAUACAGAAAGCUGGGGGAAACGUCAGGGAUGGAAGAGUCCUGGGAGUGCUGGAGGUUUCCCGCUCCAUUGGGGAUGGCCAGUACAAACGCUGUGGUGUUAUCUCUGUGCCAGAUAUCAAACGCUGCCAACUCACACACAAUGACAGGUUCAUUCUGAUAGCGUGUGAUGGCCUCUUUAAAGUUUUUACACCAGAAGAAGCUGUGAACUUCAUCGUGUCCUGCCUGGAGGAUAAGAACAUCCAGAUGAGGGAAGGGAAGCUGGAAGCAGAUGCUCGGUUUGAAGCUGCGUGUAACAGACUGGCCAACAAGGCAGUGCAGCGAGGGUCAGCUGACAAUGUCACUGUCAUGGUGGUGCGGAUAGAACACUGAGGGAUGAGGAGUGCUGGGUGCAAGGAAAGGGACAGAUCCGUGUGCAUGCAUGUGUGGCUGGGGGAGGGUGGGUCCUGCUGGAUGCUCUUCAGUGUAAAUAAAGGUGUUUUUUUUCUAACAGUUCUAGCUCGCUUAG